CCAGCUCCCUGAUAUUACGCAAUUCAACCAGCUGAUCCGAAAAACCGCAUCCGGUUACCAUAUAUAUUCUAAGCAAAUUAAGCCAAAAGUGAGAAAAGAAAGUCAGAAACCGUGACAAAAAUAUCGGGAGAUCGUCUGGAGUGCAGUGCAUGUCAAGCUUCAUUUUAUGAGUUAUUUGGAAGAUAACUCUUGAUCGAUUUCGCCAUGUCUACCGAAUCUGGAGUAGAAAAGGUGCUGGUGACCGGUGCGUCUGGCUACAUAGCCACACACAUCGUGAAGCAACUCCAGGAAGCUGGUUACAAGGUCAGAGGAACGGUCAGGAGUCUCACCAACCCCAAGAAAGUAGGACCUCUGAAGGAACUCUGUCAGAACCCUGCCCAUGAACUGGAACUGGUAGAAGCCGACCUCACAAAUGAUGAAUGCUGGAAAGAUGCUGUCCAGGGAUGUAGCCAUGUUAUCCACACUGCCAGCCCUUUCCCAGACAAGAGUCCUAAGGAUGAGAGUGUUAUUAUCAAGCCUGCAGUAGAAGGUACAACCAGGGUCCUACAAGCAUGUGUAGAUGUGGGCGGAGUCAAGAGGGUCGUACUCACCAGCUCUAUACUUGCCAUGAGUGAUUUGACUGAGACUAAUGAAGAACCCAUCACAGAGGAAAGCUGGAGGAAUAUGAACAGUCCUAUGGAAGAUGCUUACGGGAAGAGCAAGGCGUUAGCAGAGAAAGCUGCUUGGGAUUUUGUAGAGAAACUACCAGCUGAGUCUAAAUUUGAGUUUACCGUCAUCAACCCCGCAAUGGUCCUUGGUCCCGUCAUCUGCGGAGUUCCAGGAACCAGCGUGGAAGUGAUCCGUCGUAUCCUCGAACGAGACCCACCUGCUAUUCCCAAGCUCAAUUUCUCCGUAUGUGAUGUCAGGGAUGUUGCUAAGGCUCACGUCAUUGCCAUGACGCACCCGGAGGCACCAGGUCAUCGUCAUAUCGUCGCUCCUCACAGUUUGUGGUUUCGUGAAAUGGUAGAUAUCCUCAAGGAAGAGUUUACAAAUAAAGGUUACAAGCCGCCAAGUCUGAUGGCCCCACCCGUUCUCCUAAAGGUAGUAAGUUGGUUUGAUUCCUCUGUCAAGUACAUUCUACCACUACAGGGUCACAAGGCAACAUUUUCAAACCAUAGGUUUACGGAAGUACUUGGAGUCAAACCAUAUGAUGCUAAGGAUUCAUUGAUAGACAUGGCUUACACUUGCAUAGAUAAAGGAUUCAUAGUAAAGAAGAAGCAAUAUUUCAAUCCAAAGGAUCAACAGACAGCAGAGGGCGCUAGUGCAUCAUUAUCAUCAUCGUAGAAAUAUCAAUGGACCUUCAGUGCAUUUAAAUCAUACAGCUUGUAAGCAUUCUUAUUCCUCUCAAUAAGUACAUGUAUUUGUUUGGAAUAAAAAAAAAACUAUUUUCAAAUUGUUGUACAUAAAUGCCAAAGAUUUACACCUAAAUAUAAACAUGAAACACAUGUGAGUAUUUGCAUGCUAUUUGUGAAGAAAAGAUCCCAGCCACCUUGCAUUAUUUGAAAUAAUGUCUGGCACGACUGGCAGUCAAUAUAACUUUUGUGUACAGUUACAUGUAGUAUUGGUUUCUCUGAAAUCUUUGAAUAGUCCAGACCUGCCAAGUAGUAUGGAUUUUCCGUAUUUUUAUUACUGAAACUUGUGAAUAAUACUGAUGGUUUCAUGCAAAAUACUGAUUUCUAAAGUUUCAAAUUCAUGUGUUCUAUGAUAUUUCUUUGAAAAUACUGAUUUCCUCUCCAGGAUACUGAUUUUCAGCUUUUAUAAUACUGAAUCGUUCUUGUUCAGCUUGGCAACUCUGGAAUUCACAUUGACAGAACACCUGUAAUCUACCUGUCUGUUCAAUCAAAUUUCCUCCCUUACAUGUAUAGAGUCGUUUGUAUAUUGAACACUUGUAUAUUUGUACGCUAUCUAGUGCACUAUUACCCAUUGCCAGUACUGUAGAUUCAUUAUAACUAUUAACUGAAAUAUACCAUUCCCUUGCUAAGAGAUGGAACUCAUCACCGACAGCAAUUUACUCAGUUUUGGUGUUAUAUUCAGUUUGUCAUACUUAUCGGAUUAUAUUGGAUUGCUCAGAAUAGAAUAUCACAAAUUAUUGAAUUUUGCACAAAUUGAAGAUGAGUGCAAUUCUAGUAUUGGACCUCAGAAGUUGAAUAAAAUCUAUCUAAUAUAAUUGAUAUCAUAUUUUAUGAUUAUUAUUCAUUAGACGAUGCAAUUAAGUCCAAUAUUGCACACUGCACAGCUGGUUCUGUGUGUAAGCCUAUAGGGAAUUUGUGAUAUAUUAGUGCAUCUAGCAAUACUCUCUGAUAUAGCACAGGCAAACCACGCUGAAUAAAAUUAAAUAGAUAUUGAUAAUUCUGUUUGGGGGUUUUAUUAGUUCUUAUUCAAUCAGAAAUCGUAUUAAAAAGAAACUGAAACUAGCUUUUAUUUGUUUCGUCUUGUUUUCUCUUCUACUCCUACUGUAACUAUCAACUUCACUACAGUAUCAUAACUUCAAAUAACGGAGGCUUCAAAGUUCAAACUGAUAUACAUUUGGGUUCAGCCAUUUAUCUGGAUUCCACCUUUAGCACUCCCCUUUACCGAACACCAGUAUGUCGUCAGCCACACAUCUGACACCUUUAAGACCCUCCAGCACCAGGUUCAGUCGUCUCUGGAACUCUUCAGGAGCGGUGGACAGACCAAAAGGCAUACGCUUCCAUCGAUACCAGCCAUAGGGAGUGUUGAAUGUUGUCAGCUCCAAACUAGCCUCGUCUAAUUGGACAUGCCAGAAUCCGUUCUUCGCAUCAAAGGUGCUAAAAGUAGCCAAUCUAUUUUCUUUCUGCUUUACGACUGUUCAAAAUUUGUAAUAUGUCAUGCCAAAAUUUGCAGUCAAAUUUCAAAAAAAGAAUUUCCACACUUGUGGUGGACAUUUUAAACUUUAGAAAUUUUGGUUGUUUCCCGCUCUAUUAGCUAUGUCCGGGAUUCAUGAGUUCUAUUUGGUCACAUAAUCGUCCAGAUAACGAGGUCGUUGAAUACAUCUUCCUGAUCUAGUUGUCUGGGCCUGAUGUUCGUUAGGGUCCUGUGGGGGGGGGGGGGGCCACAGGCUGAAUCUCUCGCUCGGGUUGAGAAAUCACCAGGUCGUCUAGUUCAUUGUUAGCAUUAUCAGUUGUUUUGCUAACCUUUCUGAGAUGGCGUCGAUUUCGUCGAUAAGUAACGCCAUCUUGGUUAAGGACAUUGUAGGAUCUAGGUUCUGCAGCAAAGCUUACCACAACUGCUCUCAUCCAGGACUUCUUUGGACCCCCUGCUGAUUUCAGACGAACAUGGUCACAUAUUUUCAGGGGUGUCGGAUCUCUGGCUCCUCGGUUGUAGUAGCAUGCUUGCGUUUCCUUGGCUGCUCUCAUCUCCUCUUCAACCUUCUUUUGUAUCUCAGGUUUGAGCAGCCUCUUGGUAGUUGGUAGCACAGUCCUAGUUCUCCUGUUCAUUAUUCUCUGUAUCGGACUGCUUCCUAUACCAGGUGUUGGUGUGUUACGAAAUGCCAGAAGGCUGAGGUAUGGAUCAUUUCCUGCUGUCUUACCCUUCUUCAGCAGAGAUUUCGCAACUUUCACACUGCUUUCCGCCUUCCCAUUGCUUUGAGGGUUAUGGGGAGACGAUGUAGUAUGUUCAAACUGCCACUUCCUUGCAAACCUCUUGAACUCGUCUGCAGUAAACUGUGGUCCAUUGUCAGUGAUAAGUUGAUCCGGAAUCCCGAAUCGUGCAAACUGGCCCUUGAGUUUACUAAUGACAUUAGUGGCCAGUGUCUUCUCCAGAUAGUCGACUUCCCAAUAGCCUGAGUGCAAUCAGACCACGAACCACUUGAGAUCAUCACUACAAAACCACUUCAUCCAGCACCGAAGAGAGUGCUAAAGAUGGAAUCCAGAUAAAUGGCUGAACCCAAAUGUAUAUCAGUUUGAAGCCUCCGUUAUAUUAAGUUAUGAUACUGUAGUGCAGUUGAUAGUUACAGUAGGUGUAGAAGAGACAACAAGACAAAACAUUAUUAACAUAUAAUCCAAAUAAAAUCUUGAUGUCUGGGUUACUUAAGGCGACCGCACACCUUACGACUGGUCGGCGACUCGAUUUCAGAAUAAAAUGUAGUAGAAUUUGAUGCUAAUAUUGAGACUUGGAAUAUCUUACUGUGUAAUGUUCUAAAUCAUCGUACGAAUACCUUUUCACAAAUCUGUGACUAUGCUAUCAUCCUCCUUAGAAUAAAAGCGAAUUUAAUAUCUAGUCGUAAUGACGUCAUAGCAGUUGUACGAUUGACUACGAUUUGAAACUAAUUUGGCCUUUACUAAAAAAUAAAAGC